AUGCGGUCUUUACAGCCUCUGCAACUCCGGCGGCUCCUGCUCCGCUACCUCUCCACCUCCUCUUCAUCGCCGUCGUCUUCCCAAACACUCCAAACCCACAUUCCAUUCCUCCCCCAAACCCCCACCCAUUUCCGCCAUUCCCGACCCGCCAUAGUCACCGGAACAAGCUCCCACUUUCUAUCUCUACCCCAUUUCUUUCUCUCUAAACCCUUCUCUUCCUCCGCCCCACCGACCCAAGAUCCAGAUCAGUCCGAAUUAGCUCAGUCUCUCUCCUCCGAGCUCCUACAGGAUUCUAGCUCCGACCCCCUCUCCGUAACCCAACGCCUCCAAUUGAGCUUCUCCCACAUCACCCCGACAGCUCCUCUGGUCCUUAACGUACUCAAUCAGUCCCCCGAGGCCGGCCGUACGGUUUUAGGGUUUAACCAGUGGCUGAUCUCGAACCCUAAUUUUGAGCACACGGACGAGACCCUCUCGUAUUUUGUGGAUUACUUUGGGAGGAGGAAGGAUUUCAAGGCGACCCACGAUGUGAUUGUGAGUGCAGGUGGAGUUGCUGGGUCGAAAACCUUUGCUUCCGCCAUUGAUAGGCUGGUGAGAGCUGGGAGGCCUGCUCAGGCUGUUUCUUUCUUUGAGAAGAUGGAGAAGGAUUACGGGUUGAAGCGCGACAAAGAUUCGCUGAAAUUGGUUAUCGAAAAGCUUUGUGAAAACGGUUUUGCGAGCAAUGCUGAGAAAAUGGUUAAGGGUUUGGCCAAUGAGUUUUUCCCUGAUGAAUAUAUGUGUGAUCUGCUGAUCAAGGGUUGGUGUGUUGAUGGGAAGCUCGAGGAGGCGAGGAGAUUGGCUGGAGAGAUGUAUAGAGGAGGGUUUGAGAUUGGUACUACUGCUUACAAUGCGAUUCUUGAUUGCGUUUCCAAGCUUUGUAGGAAGAAGGAUCCCUUUCGCCUUCAUUCGGAGGUGGAGGAAAUCUUGGUGGAUAUGGACACUCAUGGGGUUCCGAGAAAUGUGGAGACAUUCAAUGUGUUGAUUAGUAAUUUGUGUACGAUUAGGAAGACAGAGGAUGCUCUGAACCUGUUUGAGAGAAUGGGUGAGUGGGGGUGUUACCCGAAUGAAACUACAUUUCUUGUGUUGAUCAGGAGCUUGUAUCAGGCGGCGAGGAUUGGGGAAGGGGAUGAAAUGAUCGAUAGGAUGAAGUCUGCCGGGUUUGGCGAGGCUCUUAAUAAGAAGGAAUAUUAUGGAUUCUUAAAGAUUUUGUGUGGCAUUGAGAGAAUCGAUCACGCAUUACGUGUUUUCAAGAAGAUGAAGGAGGAUAAAUGUGAGCGAAUCAAGACUUACGAGCUGUUGAUGGGAAAACUGUAUGCUCACAACCGCGUCGAUAGAGCCACCGCCCUGUUCAAUGAGACUCAAAAGAGAGGGGUGACUUUGACACAGAAGGCGUAUCCGGUGGACCCGUAUUUCUUGAAGAAGAAGAAGGAGCUAAAGGCUUUGAAGAAGGGUGUGAAGAAGGAGAAGAAGCGGGAAACUUUCCCUGAGAAGAUGGCAAGGAAGAAGAGACGGUUGAAGCAAAUUCGAUUGAGUUUCGUAAAGAAGCCGAAGAAAAUGCAGCGUCGAGCCUACUGAUGAGAUGGGAAUGACAAUUUUGAUCAAAGUUUCUGUUUUUGGAAGUUUGAUCGUUUGUUUUCGUUGAUGUCGAAUGUAGUUGCCUUACUUUUGAAUUGUUGUUUUGAUCUUAUAGUUGGUUAAAUUAGAAAUAAACCGGACUUUGAUUCAUUUAA